AUGGCUACCGUCCGCUGUCCGUCACCGAGCUCCUCGCUGUCACCGUCACUGCUUUUGCCCCACGUUCAGAACCGAAAUGCCCCAUCGCAGUCCGACUCUAUGCCGAGCAAAUGUCAUGUCCGACGCAUGUCGACCCUCCUUGCAGCUACGUCAGAGUACAAGGAGAGUGUGCUGGCUCUCCCUUCUGGGCGUUGGCCCUGCGUAGCAGCUCCGAAACAAUUGCCAGAAGUGGUUGUGAGCCUCAGUUCUCAAAUCCUCACAGCGACCCCUCAGGCGGCUGCACCACCUCCACUCCUCCGACAAGCAGUUUAUGCGACACUUGGAGAGGGGAGAGGCAGAGAGAGCGUGCUUUCCUCCGACGUGGCUUCGGUCUAUGCGACGUCGGUAGCCGGAUCAAGCCAUCUUGAAGCACGUCCCUACUGUUCCUUGGCGGACCUCCGAAAACCUCCUAAUAGCGACUGCGGCUUCACCUUCCUCAUUCGAUUUCUUAACAUGGCAUCGACGGAAUGCUCAAUUGUUGUCGGUAUCGACUUUGGAAACCUGAGCUCGAAGAUCGGUGUGGCUCGCCACCGCGGUAUCGACAUCAUCACCAAUGAGGUCUCGAACCGCUCGACUCCUUCGCUCAUCUCCUUCACCCCGAAGCAGCGUUUCAUCGGCGAGGCCGCCAAGACUGCUGAGACGUCGAACUUCAAGAACACUGUCGGCUCGCUCACCCGCAUGAUCGGCCGCACUCUUGACGACCCCGAUGUUCAGUCUGAGGAGAAGAAGUACAUCAACGCCAAGCUCGUUGACGUUGGUGGCCAGGCUGGUACUCAGGUCCAGUACCUCGGUGAUGCCACCGACUUUUCGUACACCCAGCUCGUCGGUGCCUUCCUCGGCAAGCUUAGGGAUACCGCUUCCACUGAGCUCAAGCAGGCCGUCUCUGACGUUGUCAUUGCCAUCCCCGGCUGGUACACCGACGUUCAGCGUCGUGCCAUGAUCGACGCCGCCAAGAUUGCCGGCCUCAACCCCCUCCGUCUCAUCAACUCGAACACCGCUGUCGCUCUUGGUUACGGUAUCACCAAGGCCGACCUCCCCGAGGACCCCGAGAACCCCCGCUACGUCGUCUUCGUCGAUGUCGGCCACGCCACCUACUCCGUUUCCGUUGUUGCCUUCAGCAAGGGCCAGCUUGUCGUCAAGGGCACUGCCCACGACCGGAACUUCGGUGGUCGUGACAUCGACUACGCCCUCGUCCAGUACUUCGCCAAGGAGUUCCAGUCCAAGUACAAGAUUGACGUCCUUUCCAACCCCAAGGCCAUCUUCCGUCUUGCCGCCGGCUGUGAGCGCCUCAAGAAGGUCCUCUCUGCCAACACCGAGGCUCCCCUCAACGUCGAGUCCAUCAUGAACGAUGUUGACGCCUCUUCCUCCAUGAAGCGUGAGCAGCUCGAGGGUCUCAUUGAGAACCUCCUCAACCGCUUCGACGGUCCCCUUGAGGCUGCCCUCACCCAGGCCGGCAUCUCCAAGGAGCAGGUUCACUCCAUCGAGCUUGUCGGUGGCUCCACCCGUAUCCCCGCUAUCAAGGACAAGAUCUCCAACUUCUUCGGCAAGCCCCUCUCGUACACCCUCAACCAGGACGAGGCCGUUGCCCGUGGUGCCACCUUCGCCUGUGCUUCGCUCUCCCCCGUCUUCCGUGUCCGCGAGUUCGCCGUUCAGGACAUCAUCAACUACCCGAUCAAGGUCCAGUGGCAGAAGGAGCCUGGAAACCCCGACGAGGAGACCGAGCUCACCGUCUUCCCCGAGAAGAACGCCAUGCCCUCGACCAAGAUCCUCACCUUCUACCGCAAGGCUCCCUUCGAGCUUGAGUCGGAGUACGUCCAGGAGCCUCCUCUCCCCGUUGGCACCAACCCCCGCAUUGGUCAGUUCAGCAUCAACGGCGUCAAGCCUACCGACUCGGGUGACCUUGCCUGCGUUAAGGUCAAGGCUCGUGUCAACCUCAACGGUAUCACCAACUUCGAGCAGGCCUACGGCGUCCAGGAGGUUGAGAAGGAGGAGGUCACCAUCACUGGCGAGGGUGACGACAAGAAGGAGGAGACCCGCAUCGUGAAGAAGCUCGAGCGCACCGGCGACUACCCCACCGCUGCCCAGUACAACACCUGGUCGGACAAGGUUGUCGACGACUGGCUCGAGGCUGAGGGCAAGAUGCACGCCGACGACAAGCUCGUCCAGGAGACUGAGGAGCGCAAGAACGCUCUUGAGGAGUACGUCUACGACAUGCGCGGCAAGCUCGACGACCGGUACAAGGCCUACGUCCAGGCCUCCGAGAAGGAGCAGCUUCUCUCUGGCCUCCAGCAGGCUGAGGACUGGCUCUACACCGACGAGGGUGAGGACGCUCCCAAGUCUGCCUACGUCAAGCGCCUCGACGAGCUCAAGAAGGUCGGCGACAAGGUCGUCCUUCGCUGGAGGGAGAACGACGAGCGCCCCCGCGCUGCCGCCCAGCUCCGUGAGGUCAUCAACAACUUCCUCUCGGCUGCCCAGAACGGCGAGGAGAAGUACGCCCACAUCUCCGACGAGGACAAGCAGAAGGUCAUCGAGAAGUGCGCCAACACCCAGCACUGGCUCGAGGACAAGCUCGCCCGCCAGAUGGAGAAGCCCAAGAACGUUGACCCCAUCAUCACCUCUGCCGAGAUCCUCAAGAACAAGGACGACGUCCAGUACACUUGCGCUUCGAUCAUGAACCGCCCCAAGCCCAAGACCACUGAGACCCCCGGCACCGAGACUCCCAAGGAGGCCCCUAAGGAGGAGCCCAAGCAGCCUGAGGAGGACAUGGACAUCGACUAA